AAAACAUUAUUAAACGCGCGACGCGACGCGGUUGUGGCACGUGUCACGUGUUAUCGUUGACAGGUCUUGCAAUCAUCGUGACUGGACUACCUGGAGUUACUCUUCGUCAUACUCCGGUCCUAACCAGAAACCAUCGCGGGCUGUUCCCUGACGUCUCUGGACAGCACAGAAAUCGUUACUUAGGUCGUCGCCCAAGAGUCAGAAUGUUUGCCUCUCCAGUUUCAAGUCCGGUAUUGCAUACGCCAUCGCACAGACCAAUAAAAUCAUCCCCAUUGGCCAGCCAGUCGACGUCGCCAUUGAGCCCAACGUUUUCUUCGCCUUUAUCCGCCGCCCAAGCUCGACGAAAAUUACAAUACAAGACCUAUGACUCCUACACACCCGAACAGUCGCAGAAGGAAUUUCUGAGACAACGCUUCCAAACGCGUUGUUUUCAGCGUGCGGCCAAGGCGAGGGAAAGCGCUGUGAAGAGGAAGAGACAUGUCGGCAGUGAUGACGUGUUUGACGAUGUUAUGGACGACGACAAGGAAGAGACGGAAGAUGAGGUUUUGAAAGACGAGUUCUUCAAACGUAUUGUAGACCAUGCCAAGCGUCGGACGCAGCAUGCUUACAAACUUUCGUAUGCCGAUGAAGUUGGCUCAUCCCUGGAUCCGGACAUGGAGGAUUUGGAUUCGGAGUCGCGGGAGGGGCUCACACCAGAGGAGCGCGAAAUUGCAGAACUACAGGCUUACGCGGACGAAUGCGAGCUGCAGGCUGCUUUGGCAGAUUUUGAAGACAUACCCGAGGAAUUUUGGAACGACUCAGACCUCGAGGAAGCCGAGGUUGAGGCGAUGGACGUUUCUUGAACUUUUUGGUGCCAGGAUCUUCAUGUUGGGAAGUUGUAUCCUUAUAUUCAUAUGUAAAAUAUCCUAUCUUCAUGUCUUUCUUUGCACCAUCUUACAAUCCUCGAACGAUAGAGUUGACCGACAGCUAGAUGCCUGUCAAGGACGCUGUUGAUCUUGGUUGCCGAAAA